CGGCACGGCUCUGUGUUUUUUGGGCUCGCCUGCAGUGAGAGGGUUAUUACCCCCGAUCGAGGGGAGCCGAUACCCCGGCUAGGGUAUUACUGUUAUAAAAGUGAUUAAUCCCCUCGGUCACUUCACAUUACCGGGGUCCCGGGUUGCGCAGGGCCGCGGGGGAGAGCCUGGGACUGGCAGCCCUCGACUCGCCGGGCUUUGAAGCGCUUCAGCCGGCUGGUGUCCCAAUCCGCCGGAGCCUUUCGUUUGCAGCAGCAGCAGGAGCCCGCUGCCCUUCCUCUUUGCUGUUUCGGAGGGGCGUGGGGGGGAGGGGGUCACUGUGCCCUCUGUCCCCGUUCCUCGCAAUGGCCCCUAAAGACAUCAUGACCAACUCGCACGCCAAGACCAUCCUGAACGCCAUGAACUCCUUGAGGAAGAGCAACACGCUGUGCGACAUCACUCUGAAAGUGGAGAGCCUGGACUUCCCGGCUCACCGCAUCGUCCUGGCCGCUUGCAGUGACUAUUUCUGUGCCAUGUUCACCAGUGAGCUUUCAGAAAAGGGGAAACCUUUCGUUGAUAUCCAAGGCCUUACUGCUGCCACAAUGGAAAUCCUGCUGGAUUUCGUAUAUACAGAGACUGUGCACGUCACUGUGGAGAAUGUGCAAGAGCUGCUGCCUGCAGCGUGUUUGUUACAGCUGAAAGGUGUGAAGCAGGCGUGCUGUGAAUUCUUAGAGAGCCAGCUAGACCCCUCGAACUGCCUUGGGAUCCGCGACUUCGCGGAAACGCACAACUGCGUGGAUCUCAUGCAGGCUGCCGAGGUGUUCAGCCAGAAGAACUUCCCGGAUGUGGUGCAGCACGAGGAAUUCAUGCUGCUGAGCCAGGAAGAAGUGGAAAAACUCCUCAAGUGUGAUGAGAUUCAGGUGGACUCUGAAGAGCCUGUGUUUGAAGCGGUGGUGAACUGGGUGAAGCACUGUGAGAAGGAGAGGGAGCCGUUCCUCUCGGACAUGCUGCAGUACGUCCGCAUGCCGCUCCUCACCCCGAGAUACAUCACUGACGUCAUCGACUCCGAGCCAUUGAUUCGAUGCAGCCUGCAGUGCAGAGACCUCGUGGACGAAGCCAAGAAGUUCCACCUGAGGCCUGAGCUGAGGAGCCAGAUGCAGGGGCCGAGGACCAGAGCUCGUCUGGGAGCUAAUGAAGUCCUGCUGGUGAUCGGAGGCUUCGGCAGUCAGCAGUCCCCUAUUGACAUUGUAGAAAAAUACGACCCCAAAACGCAGGCGUGGAGUUUUCUGCCUAGCAUCACACGCAAGAGGAGGUACGUCGCCACCGUGUCCCUGAACGACCGCGUGUACGUUAUCGGGGGGUAUGACGGGCGCUCUCGUCUCAGCUCGGUGGAGUGCCUCGAUUACACCGCGGACGAGGACGGCGUGUGGUAUUCCGUGGCUCCCAUGAACGUGCGGAGAGGCCUGGCUGGAGCCACCACGCUCGGAGAUAUGAUCUAUGUGGCAGGGGGGUUUGAUGGAAGCCGGCGGCACACCAGUAUGGAGAGAUAUGACCCCAAUAUAGACCAGUGGAGCAUGCUAGGGGAUAUGCAGACUGCCAGAGAAGGAGCCGGCCUUGUUGUAGCCAAUGGACUUAUCUACUGUCUUGGUGGGUAUGAUGGGCUGAAUAUUUUAAGCUCAGUAGAGAGGUACGACCCCCACACAGGACACUGGACAAGCGUCACACCGAUGGCUACCAAGCGGUCAGGGGCCGGAGUGGCAUUGCUGAACGACCACGUCUACGUUGUCGGUGGGUUUGAUGGAACAGCUCACCUGGCCUCGGUAGAAUCCUAUAACAUCCGCGCUGACAUGUGGACGACAGUCACCAGCAUGACCACGCCACGGUGCUACGUGGGUGCGACUGUGCUGCGAGGGAGGCUCUAUGCAAUCGCAGGAUAUGAUGGGAACUCCCUCCUCAACAGCAUCGAAUGCUACGAUCCUGUUAUCGACAGCUGGGAAGUGGUGACGUCAAUGGGAACCCAGCGCUGUGACGCUGGAGUCUGUGUGCUUCGGGAGAAGUGAGCUCCAGUCAGCACCAGACAGAGAAGGGCUGAUGCAUGGGGCAGAGCUGUACUCGGGGCGGGGGUGCCUGAUAGAACCUUAGUUUGCUUCUUUAGUGCAGUGUCAUCCAGUAACACAGUCCUAACUGGCACGCUGAGGGAGAUGAACCCUCUAAUGAAAAGAGAGAGACUGAUCUGUUUUAUUUUAGGGGGGUAGGAUGGCAUCCAGAGGUAGGGUUUGUAUUUUCUUUUAAUAUUAAAUGAUUCUGUGACUCGUUCUGUGAUCAUGCAUGCAUGUUCUUCUGUGUGUGAACCACGCGGUGCUGCUCACAGAGAUGGAGGUGGGUUAUGUGCAAUAUUUUAUUGGUGAAGCAGCAUCUGUACAUCCCUGACCUGGACUCUCACAAAGCCUUGACAUUGUCAGCUACUUAGAAUCGGUUGUGAGAAACGUGCGUUGCAUUGUCACAAACAGCUGUCCAACAGCAGUGUCCUUCAUUUCAAUGAAGAUUCAGUAGAUUCAAUGAGUUCUUCACUGAAGGGGAAUUCAGUGUCAGCGUUAUAUUGUUGUGUUUUUUUUUAUAUCGUGGUUUAUGUCUGUAAAUCCAGAUUUUGAUUUGUCUGUGUAUGCUAGUGAUGUUUUUACAUGCCAGUUCUAAGGUGAUCCUAAUGUGAAAUUAUUCAAACAAUAAAGACAUGAAACCCCA